UAACUAUACUUCAUAGGAUAAGGGUUUUGUUACUUUAUUUUGGGGAAUAUUUGACUUCUUAAUACCACCAUUUUAUCUAUGACUAAAUGCUUAUUUCUAUCAGUGUUCAUGGUCAAUUCACUCUAUUGUGGUAUUUUUUUUGUUCAUAGGUAAAAUAUACAUGGAUAGCCAUAAGUAUCCAUUUUUUGACAAUAAUAGCAACUUUUUAAAAAAAAUACACAGAAAUAACCAUUUCUUCAAGAACUUUAACGAACCAAUAUGGAUGUUGAUUGUUGACUGGACUAACAGUCAAGGUUGACGUGGCAUGUUCUCGUAAAAAAAUAAGGGGUUUAUUUUAUGGCAAAGAAAAUAGGAAAAAAGGGGGUUUAUGUUUCUCAAGAUAGACCUAGCAAAAACUUAGGACAAAAUUGAGUGGAGUUUCUUGGAAGAUACACUCAUAGCAACCCACCUUCCGUAGAGAUUCAUUGGUCUGGUCAUGGCUUGUGUCUCAUUAACAAGCUUUCAUGUCCUCUGGAAUGGUGGAGAGACUGAUGCUUUAAGACAGGGAUGCCAUCUCUCCCCUUACCUUCUCGCCUUGUGUGUUGAAAGAUUAAGUCACUGCAACAUCAAAGAAGUUAAGGAGAGGAACUGGAAACCCUUGCGUAUUUCGCAUGGAGGUCCUGAUGUCUCUCAUCUUCUCUUCGCCGAUGACCUUGUCCUUUUUGCUGAGGCCAAUACUUCCCAUGCUGAUGUUGUUUUAAAAUGUUUAACUGAUUUUUUUUGUGCCUCAAGUGAAUUAGUUAGCAAUGAUAAGUCUAGAGUCUACUUCUCUGAGAAUGUGAAAAGUAGAACCAAAAUCCCCAGAUAAACUUGACAUCCAAUCUACAUCUGACCUUGAAAAGUACUUAUGAGUUCAUGUCUUGCAUGGGAGACUCACUAAGUCUAUCUUUAAGUACAUUAUAUUAUGGACAAAAUGGAUAAAAAAAAUUACUAGUUGGAAAGCGAGAACUUUGUCUCUAGCUGGUAGGGUUACUUUAGCACUUGUUGUCCUAAAUGUUAUUCUCUUCUAUGUUAUGCAAACCUCCCUCAUUCCUAGAUCUGUUUGUGACUUGAUUGAUAAAAGGAUUCGAGGGUUUGUUUGGGCCUCUCGAGAGGGAAAGAAAAAAAACACUACUACUGGCUUGGGACACCAUUUGUAAUCCCAAGAGUCAAGGUGGGUUAGAAUUGAGAUCUGCUAGAAGUUUAAAUAUGGCAUACAUGAUUAAAUUAUCAUGGAAGAUGCUUAACAAUGAAAAUGAGCUUUGGGUUCAAGUGUUGCAGGGGAAGUACUUUAAACACGGAAACGGAGAAAUCACAUCUAUGAAGAAGAGUAACUAUUUCAAUCUCUGGAAAGAAAUGGUCAAGGCAAUGCCUUUGAUGAAAGUCGGAUCUUGCUGAAGCAUUAGAAAUGGAUCUCAACAAACUUCUGGAUUCACCCAUUGGUGGAAAAUGGGCUAGUUUUGGAAGACUUCUUGACUACGGAUCUUUCACCAAUAGAGAGGAACUCACCGGUCUCGGCUUGGUUAACUAGUGCAGGUGAGUGGAAUUGGGAUCGAUUGGAAAGCCUUCUUCAUGAGCAUAUUCUCUCUCUCAUUGCAAGGGUGGAAGCACCAAAUCCUGAGUUUGGAGAGGAUAGAAUGAUUCGGGGCCUGGAGUGUGAUGGUAGAUUCCGCCUCUACUAAGCUUACAACCUUGCAGUUGAAGUUGACAUGGAUGCUUCAAGCCCUGUCUGGAAGCAGCUCUAGAAAUGGAAGGGACCCAGCAGGGUCAAUCACUUCCUGUGGCUGGUCAUACUUGAUAGAAUCCUCACCAACAAGGAAAGAGCCAAGAGGAAAAUCACAACAAGCUGCUUGUGCAACCACUACAAAGACAAAGAGGAAAGUGUGCAACAUAUUCUCCGAGGCUGCUCGAAGGCCAAAGAAAUAUGGAACAAAAUAAAACAUAUACAGACCACCAGAGAUCACAACAUUGCCUUUUCAAGAGUGGUUGAUGGCCAACCUAAUGCAUGAUGACAAGGGUGUGAACUUUGAAAUUGUUUGUUGGAAUCUUAGGAAACAACGGAAUGAAGAAGCUAGGGAUGGCAAACCUUUUAAUGCUCAAGGAUUGAUGUGUAGUAUAAAAUCAUGGUUCAAUUCUCCCUACGGUCGAACAUAUUCUAAACCUUCGGGCUCACUCUCCCCUCUCCUUUCAGUCGAGCAACUUCUUAUUCUCUGUCUUUGAUCCUGUCUAAUAAUAAAUAAAUAAAUAAAUGUGUUGGCUUUCUUUAACGGCGCUUCCUUUUUUUCUAGGUUCCGAAAGUGUUUAUUCCCCCUUGGGGACUGUAUUCAAUACAAGAGGAUCAGACUUGAAUACUCGACUCUUCUUCCCGGUAGUCUCAAUAGGAUAGACUGAUACCUUCUUCAAGGAAUCAAGAUCAUUGACCAUGCCCAGAAGAGUGUAAAGAGCAUCACCAACUCUCCUUCUAACUCUCCUCCUGUGAUCAAGCAACACAGACAAAUUGCCUGGAGACCUUCUGAUGAAGGUUGGGUACAAGUGCUAACCGACGGAUCUGUUCUCUCACCUACAUGCAAAGCUGCAGCGGGAGGAUUGAUUAGAGAUCACCAAAGCAAGUGCUAUGAUGCUUUUGUCUGCAACUUCUGAGUCUGUUCCAUUACAAGCACUGAUCUGAAAGGAGCUAUUGAAGGACUCCGCCUGGCCUACAUGAAGGGUUACAAGAAAGUCCAGUUAAACCUGUAAUCCUCCACAGUUAGGGUUGUUAAUGAACCAAGCCGCUCAUGAACGGCUUGGCGUCCGACUCGAGAAAAACUCGUUCGAGACUCGAUUCAUCUUAAUCGAGCAGACUCGCGAACAAGCUCAUUAACUAAGCGAGCCGAACUCGAGCCAUACCAUGUUUAGCUCGAAAUCUCGCGAACAAGCUCAUUUAACGGUUUGGCAUCCGAAAGGAGUGGAAUUUGUGGAUUUUAUGUAUUGAAAUUGGGAUAAAUGUUGUGUUUUGUUUUGCUAGACUUUGCUAUAGGUUUGAAUGUAUAUUUUGUGCUCAGUUCUAGCUCGAUCUUAAGCUAUAAUUAACAUUUUAUGUGCUAAACUCGAUUCUGGGCUUGUUAAACUUAUUUGGCGAGCCGAGCUCGAGUCGAGAUCGAGCUUUUAUUUUCAUAAACGAGCCGAGCUUUAGCUUGCAUAUUAAAGCUCGUGACGAACAUGAGCCGAGCCCGAACUAUGGCAAAGUUUGGCCCGACUCGGAUCAUUAACAACCCUAUCCACAGUCGUUGCUAUCAUCAGAAACUACAAGGAUGAUAAUCAGCGACACAACAUUUUCGCUAAUCAGUUUAACUAUCUUUUGAAUCUUGAUUGGGAUGUGAAAGUCGAACAUGUGUAUAGGGAAGCUAAUUUUGUUGCCAACUUCUUAGCUAAUAGGGGCCAUCUCUCUGAUUUUCACACACAUCUCUUGGAUGUGUGCGACCCGGUACUGAAUCAUUACUGUACCAUGAUAUCGUGGGGGUAUCUCAUGACCAUCUUAUUUCAUCUAUGAAUUAGACGCCUUGGCGUCGAUCUUUCUACUACAAAAAAAUUCCUUUCCAAUUUCAUGGAAGGAGGGGGGGGGGGUCAUCAUGUAAUCUUGCCUUCCAUUUCUCUUCUCAUAUCCACCUUGCCGAUCAAGACCGAUUUUCUCGUUCUCGUCGGCCAAAACUCACUUGAUAUUAUGUAUUUUAAAAAAAUUACAAAAAUUGAAACAUGAAGGUCACUUGAACACUAAGUUCUUUAACAAAAUUAAAAAAGUAAAUAUAAAAUCAACAUAAUGUCAAUAUUAAUAAUGAAGAAUUAAUAAUUGAGAUCAUGGAUAAUAUUAGUAUAAUAUAUAAAUUAAAAUUUUGGUUAAUUCAACUAUUCAAUAAAAUUAUCAAUUAAAU